CGCAGCCAAUCGCCGGGCGGCGCUGUCCUGGGAGCGAGGAGGCUGUGGUGAGAGACGGACGGAGACCGGAGAUGUUUUCAAGCCCGGCCUCCGCGGCGUUCGUGGCGGUUGCAGCGGCGACGAAGACAACGACAGCGACGGCAACACCGAGGCACUCGUUCAGGGGGUAAACCCUCCUGCGCCGUUAGUGCCUUGGGUCCGUGAGGGUGAGGGGGGCGUGGCGACAGGCGAGGAGGAAGGAGGGGCGCGGUUUCGAGCCCCGUACCCGGCGCCUGGGAGGAGACCCCUCAGUUCUGCGCUGCUCCCGUCUCCCCUCAUCACAGCAAGAUCCAGGAUGAGAAGACUGACAAAAGAAGAAGCUAGCUGAACAGCUAUAAGAUGCCCAAAUCUGGGUUCACAAAACCAGUUCAGAGUGAAAAUUCUGACAGUGACAGCAAUAUGGUAGAAAAACCAUAUGGAAGAAAGAGUAAAGACAAGAUUGCAUCAUACAGUAAAACUCCAAAAAUUGACCGAAGUGAUGUGGGCAAGGAGAUGAAAGAGAAAUCGUCCAUGAAACGUAAACUUCCUUUUACCAUUAGCCCAUCAAGAAAUGAAGAACGAGAUUCAGACACAGAUUCAGAUCCAGGACAUACAAGUGAAAAUUGGGGGGAGAGACUUAUAUCUUCUUACAGGACAUACUCAGAGAAAGAAGGUCCAGAAAAGAAGAAAACAAAAAAGGAAGCUGGAAAUAAGAAGUCCACGCCAGUUAGCAUUCUUUUUGGUUAUCCACUCUCUGAGCGGAAGCAGAUGGCACUCCUUAUGCAGAUGACAGCAAGAGACAACAGUCCAGAUUCCACACCAAAUCAUCCAUCACAAACGACACCAGCCCAGAAGAAAACUCCCAGUUCCUCAUCUCGACAAAAAGACAAAGUUAAUAAAAGAAAUGAACGUGGUGAAACUCCUUUACACAUGGCAGCUAUUCGAGGAGAUGUGAAACAAGUCAAAGAAUUAAUAAGUUUAGGGGCAAAUGUGAAUGUGAAAGAUUUUGCAGGUUGGACACCAUUGCAUGAAGCUUGCAACGUUGGAUAUUAUGAUGUUGCUAAGAUACUUAUAGCAGCUGGAGCAGAUGUUAACACACAAGGAUUAGAUGAUGACACUCCACUCCAUGAUUCUGCUAGUAGUGGGCACAGAGAUAUAGUCAAACUGUUACUUCGUCAUGGUGGAAAUCCAUUUCAAGCUAAUAAGCACGGGGAGCGCCCAGUGGAUGUAGCAGAGACAGAGGAGUUGGAAUUGCUGCUAAAAAGAGAGGUGCCUUUGUCUGAUGAUGAUGAAAGUUAUACAGAUUCUGAAGAGGCUCGGUCUGUAAAUCCUUCCAGUGUUGAUGAAAACAUUGACUCUGAGACAGAGAAAGACUCUCUCCUCUGUGAAAGUAAACAGAUAAUUCCCAGCAAAGCACCUCUUCCAUCUGCUCUUGAUGAAUAUGAGUUCAAAGAUGAUGAUGAUGAAGAAAUAAAUAAAAUGAUUGAUGACAGGCAUAUUCUUAGAAAAGAGCUACGGAAAGAGAAUGAAGGUGAAGUAGAAAAGAAUAGCUUAUUUGCAAAACAGGAGAAAGCUUUCUAUCCUAAAUCAUUUAAAAGUAAAAAACAAAAGCCAUCUAGAGUUUUGUAUUCAAGUUCUGAAAGUUCAGAUGAAGAAAUUCUUCAGAAUAAAAAGGUUUCUGCUCCAUCUUCUGUCCCUGAAACAUCAAAUUCUGAUACACAAACCAAAAAGGAAUAUGGAGUUUCAAAUGAACACAAACAGAAAGGCAAAGUUAAAAGAAAAUUAAAGAAUCAGAACAAAAAUAAAGAGAACCAAGAGCUGAAGCAAGAAAAAGAGGGAAAAGAAAAUACCAGAGUAACAAACUUGACAGUUAAUACUGCACUCGAUUGUUCAGAAAAGACCAGAGAAGAGGGGAAUUUUAGGAAAUCUUUUAGCCCAAAAGAUGAUACUUCGUUACAUUUAUUUCAUAUUUCCACUGGUAAAUCUCCUAAACAUUCUUGUGGACUAAGUGAAAAGCAGUCAACACCACUAAAACAAGAACAUACUAAAACAUGUUUAUCACCAGGAAGUUCUGAAAUGUCAUUACAGCCUGAUCUUAUCCGGUAUGAUAACACAGAAUCUGAAUUCUUGCCAGAAAGUUCAAGUGUAAAAUCUUGUAAGCAUAAGGAAAAAAAUAAACAUCAGAAAGAUUUCCACUUAGAAUUUGGUGAAAAGUCAAAUGCCAAAGUAAAAGAUGAAGAUCAUAGUCCAACAUUUGAAAAUUCAGACUGCACACUGAAAAAAAUGGAUAAAGAGGGUAAAACAUUAAAAAAGCAUAAAUUGAAACACAAAGAAAGGGAAAAAGAAAAGCAUAAAAAAGAAAUUGAAAGUGAAAAGGAAAAAUACAAAAAUAGAGAUAGUGCUAAAGAGCUGCAGCGGAGUGUAGAAUUUGAUAGAGAAUUUUGGAAAGAGAAUUUUUUUAAAAGUGAUGAAACUGAAGAUCUGUUUUUAAAUAUGGAACAUGAGUCCCUAACAUUGGAAAAAAAAUCAAAGUUGGAAAAAAGCAUAAAAGAUGAUAAAUCAACCAAGGAAAAGCAUGUUUCAAAAGAGAGGAAUUUUAAAGAAGAACGAGAGAAGAUUAAAAAGGAAAAUGAAAAAUCUUUUAGGGAGGAAAAAAUAAAAGACUUAAAGGAAGAAAGAGAGACUGUACCCAUAGAUAAAGAAACAGAAUUCAGUUCUUUAGGAACAAAUGCCAUUGAAGAAUCUAUAGGGUUACAUUCAAUGGAAAAGGAAAUAGAGAUUGAAAAACAAGAAAAGCAUGUAAAAGAAAGGGAAAAAUCAGAAAAGCGGUUUCAAACUAAAGAAAAGGAUGUUGAAAGAAAAAAUUCUGAAAAAGAGAAGAAGAUCAAGCAUGAGCAUAAGUCAGAGAAAGAUAAAUUAGAUCUUAGUGACUGUGUUGACAGAAUAAAAGAAAAAGACAAGCUAUAUUCACAUCACAUAGAGAAAUGCCAUAAAGAAGGUGAAAAGAUAAAAAAUAUUACCACUAUUAAAAAAGCUGACGAUAGAGAGAAAAGUAGAGAAAAGAUGGACAGAAAACAUGACAAAGAAAAACCUGAAAAAGAGAGGCAUCUAGCAGAAAGCAAAGAAAAGCACUUGAUGGAAAAAAAAAACAAACAAUCAGACAACAGUGACUAUACUAAAUCAGAAAAAAGCAAAAAUAAAGAAAAAGACAGGGAGGUAGAUAAAAAGGAAAAAUCUAGAGAUAAAGAAAGUGUAAAUACAACUAACUCCAAACACUUCCAGGAAGAGAAGAAGUCAAGUAUGGCAGACAGCAGUAAAGCACAACAUGAGAAAACUUUAUCCCUUAAAGAAAAAACAAAAGAUGAGCCUUUGAAAACCCCUGAUGGAAAAGAAAAAGAUAAAAAAGAUAAAGAUAUAGACAGAUACAAAGAACGAGACAAGCACAAAGAUAAAAUUCAACUAAAUAGUUUAUUCAAACUAAAAUCUGAAGCAGAUAAACCUAAACUUAAGUCAUCACCAGCAUCAAAAGAUACUCGACCUAAAGAAAAGAGGUUAGUGAAUGAUGAUUUAAUGCAGACAAGUUUUGAACGAAUGCUAAGCCUUAAAGACCUAGAAAUAGAGCAGUGGCACAAAAAACAUAAGGAAAAAAUUAAGCAGAAAGAAAAGGAGCGGUUGAGAAAUCGGAAUUGUUUAGAACUUAAAGUAAAAGAUAAAGAAAAAACAAAGCAUGUACUAGCUGAGUCUAAAAAUAAAGAACUUACUAGGUCAAAGAGUUCAGAGUUGACUGAUGCUUAUACCAAGGAGAAACAGUCUAAAGAUGCUGUAAGUAACAGAUCACAAUCUGUUGAUGCCAAAAAUAUCAUGAAUUUAGGGAAGUCCUCUUUUGUUUCAGAUAAUAUCUUAAACAGAUCUCCUAGAUCAGAAAGUGAAAAACCAGGUCUCAGCUCUAGAUCUGUAUCCAUGAUUUCGGUUGCUAGCUCAGAAGAUUCCUGCCAUACUACAGUGACAACCCCCAGGCCUCCAAUUGAGUAUGACUCUGACUUUAUGUUGGAGGGUUCCGAUUCCCAAAUGUCCUUUUCCCAGUCACCUUUUUUGCCAAUUGCCAAAUCUCCUGCCCUUCAUGAAAGGGAAUUAGAUAGCUUGGCCGAACUGCCAGAGCGGAUUAAGCCACCAUUUACAAGCAGACUUCCGACAUCCCAUCUCCGAUCAUCUUCUGUAGAAGAUGUCAAACUAGUGAUAAAUGAGGGGAGACCAGCUGUAGAAGUUCGAAGGUGUAGCAUGCCAUCAGUCAUUUGUGAACAUACAAAACAAUUCCAAACAGUAUCAGAAGAAAACAAUCAAGGUGGCUUAGCUGUGCCAAGAGAUAUUUGUCCUUCUCCCAAACCUGAGGUGUCCUUAAAUGUGCCUGAAAGAGAACUUUCAAAUAUGUCUAACAUACAUUCCAGUUUUGCAGCAUCUCCAACUAGAUCUGUAAACAGCAAAUAUAUUUCAGCUGAUAUAAAUGUUAUCAAGAGUACUGUUCCAGUGGGCACUUUAAUGGACAGUCCUGUGCAUUUAGAGCCAUCUAAUCAGGUUGGUGUGAUCCAAAAUAAAUCAUGGGAGGUACCUGUUGAUAGUAGACUGGAAUCCUUAAGCACCAGUGACUUUAUCUGCCCAAAUUCUGGUACACCUGAUCAAGAUUCUUCUGUUCAAGGCUUUUGUAAUUCUGAAAACAAAAUAUUGAAAGAACAGAACACUGAUUUUUUAUCCCUGCACCAGACUGAACUGCCAGGAAACUCUUGUGCUCAGGAUCCAGUGUCCUUUCUGCCUUCACAACAACCUUGCUCUUUCCACAGCCAAUCACUUUCAGAUGCUGAAUCUAUUUCUAAACAUAUGUCUAUGUCAUAUGUUGCCAAUCAAGAGCCGAGUAUUUUGCAACAGAAAAACGCAGUUCAAAUUAUCAAUUCUGUUUUAGAUACUGACAAUGAAUCUACAAAAGAGGUGGAGAAUACUUUUGUCUUAACAGAUGUUCAAAAGACAGAUGCCUUUGUCCCAUUGUACUCUGAAAGCAGUGUUCAAGAAGCAGCACCAAAUUUUGAAAAGGCUAAUACUUUACCUGUAUUACCAUCAGAAAAAGACUUUAGUGGAAACGAUGCCUCUUCCCAGCUAAAUACACAUUAUGCGUUUGGCAAAUUAAUGUAUAAGUCUUCCAGUGGCCAUGAGGUUGAGAGUAGCACUUCUGAUAUUCAGGUUAUUUCACAUGAGAAAGAAAACAAACUGGAGAGUUUGGUCUUAACUCAUUUGAAUGAUAAGUGUGAUUCUGAUUUAUGUGAAAUGAGUGCCGCGAUCCCAAAAGGGAACCUAAAUGAACAAGAUAAUCCAAAACAUUGUCCUGAAGGUGAAAAGUGUUUGCUUUCCAUUGAAGAUGAAGAAUCACAACAAAGCACUUUAUCAAGUCUGGAAAACCAUUUGCAACAGUCCGCUCAACCAGAGAUGCAUAAAUAUGGUCAAUUAGGUAAAGUAGAAUUAGAAGAAAAUGCUGAAGAUGAUAAGACCGAAAACCAAAUCCCUCAAAGGAUAACUAGAAACAAAGCAAAUACAGUGGCAAAUCAAAGCAAACAGAUUCUUGCUAGCUGUACACUACUAUCAGAAAAAGACAGUGACUCUUCAUCUCCUAGAGGAAGAAUAAGAUUAACUGAAGAAGAUGAUCCUCAAAUUCACCACCCACGGAAAAGGAAAGUAUCCCGUGUACCUCAGCCUGUGCAAGUGAGUCCCUCUUUACUACAAGCGAAAGAGAAAACUCAGCAGUCUCUGGCAGCCAUCGUAGAUUCUCUGAAACUAGAUGAGAUUCAGCCAUACAGUUCAGAGCGAGCAAAUCCAUAUUUUGAAUACUUGCAUAUAAGGAAAAAAAUUGAAGAAAAGCGCAAAUUGUUGUGUAGUGUUAUUCCUCAAGCACCUCAGUAUUAUGAUGAAUAUGUGACAUUUAAUGGCUCAUACCUCCUGGAUGGAAACCCCUUAAGCAAGAUUUGCAUUCCCACAAUUACACCACCACCUUCACUGUCAGAUCCACUUAAAGAGCUUUUUCGGCAACAGGAAGUUGUAAGGAUGAAACUACGUUUGCAACACAGUAUUGAAAGGGAAAAACUUAUUGUAUCCAAUGAACAGGAAGUUCUGCGAGUUCAUUACAGAGCUGCAAGAACAUUGGCAAAUCAAACACUGCCAUUUAGCGCGUGCACUGUUUUACUGGAUGCAGAAGUAUACAGUGUCCCACUGGACGCUCAGUCUGAUGACAGUAAAACUUCUGUGAGGGAUCGCUUUAACGCAAGACAGUUCAUGUCUUGGUUGCAAGAUGUGGAUGAUAAAUUUGACAAAUUAAAGACCUGUCUUUUAAUGAGGCAACAACAUGAAGCUGCAGCUUUAAAUGCCGUCCAGAGAUUAGAAUGGCAGCUCAAACUCCAGGAACUUGAUCCUGCCACCUAUAAAUCUCUCAGCAUUUAUGAGAUCCAGGAGUUUUAUGUUCCCCUCGUUGAUGUUAAUGAUGAUUUUGAAUUGACUCCUAUAUAGCAACCGUCACUUCCGGGGGUAUCGUCUUAAACUGAUGCGGCUCAAGAGUCUUAAACUGUGGAACACUGCCUUUGAGAAAAAUACUGAUACUCUGCCUUUACGGUUGUUGAGUAAAGUUUGACUGAAGUUGGUUAUGUAGUAAACACUGUCAUUUUGUAAACAACGAAAAGAGAAUUAUUUUGGAUCCAAGAUCCAAACAGUUUCUAACUGAAAUCUAUUAUUUAUAUUGGUGAGAGGUAACUAUUGCCUUAGAGCAUGUUGGCCGACUGAGGGAGAUACUUUAAAAGUUGAGAAUCUGCUAACAGCACCGAAAGUUGUUAGCACUCCUAAGUAACAAGGUAACCACUAGUCUUCAAAUCUCUUUCAAGUUUUAUUAAAAUUUGUCCGUAAACUAAAAGGUUCGGUUCCUACCAAAUGGUUUCUAAUGUGGAAGAAAAACGUGGCACAAAAUUUCUUCAGUUUAUUAUAUCUGUAAAUUAACUGUACAGUUUUCUUUUCAAAAGUUUUAAUAUUGUCUUCCUUUUUAAUAACUUAUUUUAUACAUAUUGUGCAGAUGUAAAUCUUGUAAUUAAUGGUCAGAAUGUAUACAAAGGGAUUGGUAGUCAAAACAUGUACAAAGAAAUAAUUGUAAAACUGUAUUGUCUGAUGUUUUAUUGGACCAAAGUUGUAGUUUGUAUGGAGUGUAGUGGUAGUGUGUUCACGUAGCAAAACUCUUAAAUAAGGCAUGCAUGUGUUUGAGUUAGCUUGUUUUCAUCACCAUAACUGUAAAGGUUGUGACUUAGUUGUAUUGCAUGCUUCCUAUAAUUUAACUCUCUCCAUAAGCGAUGCCUAAAGUAGUGUAGGGUGUUUUCAUGCCAGUCUCCUGGGAUAGUACCUAUGACUCACUAUGUUGGACAUAUUAUUUAGAAUUAGUCAUACAAAGAAACAGCUCUUUUUUCAUCUCACGGUAGAACCUGUUCCCCUCUCCCAAAAUGCCUUUGAAUGAAAAUUCUGAAAUUGUAAAUGUCUAUUUUAAUACUCAAGUAUGAAAGAAUCUGUGAAUAUAUGUAAAUAUGUUUAAUAAAUUUUAUUGGUCAUGUUAAAUCAUUGUAAAACUUUUUUACAUUGCUUAAAUAUAAUGUUUUAAGCUUAAUAACCUUUGCACUUUUAAAAUAAAAACAGUACUCAAAUCAAAAAAAAGAGCUACUUGGUAGUCCAAAUAAAUACAAGAAACAGUCAUAUUCCAAUCAGUCUCUGCAGUGUUUAUGAAAAAUUGAUUAAUCUGUUGUAUUUUUUCCUUGUAUCAAGAUGCAAAACGUAAUUUUCAGAAUUUUAUAAUUAAAAUAAGAUUUGGUAUGCUGUUUUUAAUAAAAUAAUUAGCAAUAUACUUAGAAAAAAGUCCAGUUUCUCCUAUACAGUGAGGUAGAUUAAAUAUUCAGGAAUAUUUCAGAUCUGAAAUCUAAACUACUUAAACAUUUUUGAAAGGAAAAUUAGGUUAUAUGUAAAAGUGAACAUAAGUAUAUGGGAUAAAAUCUACAGAACUUCCCACAGUACUUUCUUGAAUUAUAAACUAAUACUGGAUGUUUUUUAUUCUGAUAGAGAAAAGUAAAAAGCAUAUAUAUGAGGAAUAAAGUGACUUAAACUCAGCAUGCAAGUUGGAAAUCCCAGCUAAUGGGAGAGAAUGUAAAAAUUGAAGUUUUUGAGUGCAAAGGUAUAUAUUAAGCUUAGGGGUUUUUGAAUUUUUACGUCAAUUUAUAUUUUAAUUCAUACUGUACUUGGCAUGCGCAAUAAAGCAGCACGUGUAAAAAGUACACAGUGCAAGGACUUUAUUAUAAAGGUUGGAUGUAGUGUUCUUUAGAAAUUUAGAUGAAAGAUUUGGGCCUUUUUUUAUUGGACAAAUGGGGCCAAGAAAGGCAGGGUAGAUUUUGAAGCACUGGUUUUGUUGAAGUUAAGUUUAUUAAGGCUGGGAACAUGAAAAGCUAAUUUAUAAAAGCAAUACUUUUUAAUAUGAAAAAAUUAAUGCAAAUUUUGUUUAUACUUUUGCCGAAAAAUAAAAAACCAGAUUAUUGAGCAUUGAAGUCAUAGAAAAUAUGAGAGGGAUAAAUGUAUACAGCAUUUUGUUCUGACGGUCCAACUGGAAAAGGGGGAGAAAAAUCACUGCUUGGCCAAACAGAACAAGCUGCAGAAGAGAAAAAGCAAGAAAGCAGGAAUCUGGCAUAUUUUAGUUGUCCCAGCUUUUUAAGUACUGACUCCAGUUCUUGCCCUCUUCAGUGGUGCCUCAAGUUGCUGGAGCCUCUCUGCCAUGAUUCUGCUUCUGCAGAUUUCCUUUGUAAAGUGACUCAAAGCUAAUCGGAUAGCUUAAAAGAAAAGCGAAUGUCUUCUUGGUGGGAAUCUAUACUUAAGUAGUUAAGAGCUUUGAUAUUAAAGAUUUUCUGAAGCUCUGAAAUGCUAGGAAAAAACUUGGAAUGGGGUAUAUAUACCUAAAAAGAUUUAGGAUUCUGAAAGAGAAAUAAAGGAUGGUUAGUUUAAUCAGUGAUUUUUUUUUUAACUAUUCAAAUAUCAUGAACAAGAUACUAAAUUGUACCUAAGGAUUUGUAUUUCUUUAAAUCUUGUUCUAAAUCAUAUCUGUUUAAUAAAUGACUAGUUGAUAUUUGUGCAUGUUAUUUAAUAAAGAGUUAUAUUUUUAUAGAAAAAAUAAGAGUGAAAUGUGUGCUAAAUGUUUUUUUACUUUCCACUUCCAUGUGACUCGAAGCCAAACAGCAGUGGUGACCUGGGCAGUAGCAAAAUUGCAGAAAUACUCAUCUUGGGGAAACAGCCUUGGAAGAAUAGUUCGUGUCUAUUCAGUAGUAAUGUCUCAAAAAUGAAUUUUAAAUGUUAGGUAUGCUGCAAACUUCAUAACCACAAAAAUUUCAAGCAAAGCCCCAGGAGGCUCAUUUUAAUUGAUUUAAGAAGUAUCCAUUUAUUCUAGAAAUUGAGUGCAGUGCUAAAUUUGUAUUCUUAGUUAUCCACAAAGUUAGCAAUAUUUUUUAUUCUAUCUCUGACACAAAACUCCAAAGUUUUUUAUAUAGAGGAAAUUGACUUCAAAACUCAUGAGGCAGUCUUAUCUUUCAGUAUUUUUAAAGAGAACAUUUUCAUGAUUUUUUUUAAAGUCCUCAAAUAUUUAAAGCAAAUAGAUUUUAAAAGUGAUAGUCAUCUUUGGAAAUGCUUGUAUGAAGUUUAACUGAUUGAAUAUCUUGUAACUCAUUUCCAUGGUUGCUCCUUGACACUAUAGUCUCCAUUGUACCUGGAAUGGAGUUACAACACCUCCACAGUAGUACUUAACCCAAAAUAUUUAGAGUCAGUAAAACCAAAGUUCAUAGGACAAACUGAGGCAAAUACAGUUUAAAUAAUUCCCUUAAAAUAGCGAGGAAACAAAAGUACCUAGAAUUGUAAGUAUUAGCAUAAAAACUGAAAAGUACAUCUAGAGAGACUGACUUUUUCCAGUGAUUAAAUGUUAAAUGCUACACGGUAUCUGCAUAUAAUGUAAAUUUUUUAUACACAUGCAUAUCUCCAGAAGAGAAAAUAACAUACAAGAUUAUUUACCUAAAGGUAAACACAGUCUUCGUUGCAAGAGGACUCAGUUUUAUUAGAUGGAUUAGUUGCACAGAAUGUAAGAUUAUUUAUGAAACACAUUUAACUCUAUUGAUGACUUUUUCAAUGCCUUUAGAAAAAAACUAUAUGCCAUAUCAAAAUCUCUGAGUAGACCUAGAAAAAAGGCUUUUAGGUGGCUACCUUUUCCUCCACUUGUGAAGAAAAUUCUGUUGUUAAUACACAGAGUUAGGCAUGUAUAGCAUAUGUUUACAGAUUAAAGAGCAUCCCUGUGUGCGCCCAUCACUUAGUUUAAGAGAUCAUUAUCAGUACGUUUCUUCUCAGUUUUUGUUUUUAAACUGACCUAAAUCCAGGUUACAAAACAAAACUAAAACCCAGAUCUUAAACAGGCAGUGUGUUGGGAUAAGUCCUGACAAAUGUAUACAUAUAUUAACUUUACCCAAAUUGCGAUUAUUUCCAGCUUCUUAACCAUCACCGCAGAAAGUUCCCCUGUGCCCCUUUUCAGUCAGUGGCUCCCUACCCCAGAAGCAAUCACUGUACUUCCCAUCACCAUAUAUUACUUACACCUGCUCUUGAACUUUUUAUAAAUGGAAUCAAACAGUAUAUAGUACUUUCUUGUGUCUGCCUUCUUUCAACAUAAGGUUUUGAAAUUCAUCCAUGUUGGAUAUGCCAGUAAUCUGUUCCAUUUUCUUAGUGAGUAGUAGUAUAUUGUACAAACUUGUUUAUUCAUUCUCUUGUUGGUAGACAUUUGGAUUGUUUCCAAUAUGGGGACUGUUGUGAAUAAAACUGUGAACAUGCAAA